AUGAAAAUCCCCGAUGCAACGAUGGUGGACCAAGCGAAGGAUUUGCUUCAGCAGUUCCCGCAGCGCUCAAGCAUUCCUCCGCGCUGGCAAGUCAUUGCUGCUGCGGCCCGGGAGAUGUUGGACCAAUUCACGGAAGCUGCGACCUCUGACCAGGGCUGCACGUACGUCGGGAAAUUUAUGCUCUACCCCUUUGUCAUGAAUGGGCAAGCAAGGGGAUACGAUCUGCAAGAAGUAGAGGCAGAAGGCUGGGGUGGAUGGGCUCUCCCUUUCAACAGGGACGAUGGUCUUUUGCUGCACAUGAGCCUGUACGGCAAGGAUUGCUUGCAGUUUGUGAAGUCAUUUCUGAGCCUGUCUGGGCUGGGAACCGUUCGAUCGGAACCUCGCAGCUUGGUCAACUUGCAGGGAGAUGAUGAGCAGGCAAUGCCUUUGGAGGCUCGCAACAAGAUGCUGUUGAAGAGCAGCUUUUUCCAUAAGAGCUUCGAGCCUUCGCACGCAUCAAUGCAGAAGGCUGGAUUGCUUUUUGCGGCCGAUUCCGACCACACCCUUCGCAAUGAGGAGCUGGUCCUCCUCUCGGUCCUGGAGCCUGGCUAUGGGCAGCUGGUGGACGGGGCGAGCAUGACCAACCAAUCCAUUUGGGUCACCUCCAGCGGCUUCUUCUAUGUUCUGCGGUUUCUCCCCAUCCAGACUGCCAACAGGAAAUUCACAACCCCUCUAUUCACGCUCAAGGCUGAGAUUGUCAAGGGGGACUUUGCCAACGAUGACUUCAUGGUCCGGCAGAAGAAGGAGGUGGACGUGAUGUGGACUGGGACUGGCGGAGAUGACUUCUCAUUGGUCUGGGAUGGCUACUACGUGGAGCGGACUCUGGCUGUGAAGAAGGGCGGGAGCUACCACGUGAUGGCCAUGCAGCUCCUCCGCCGUUUGGAUGCAGUGGGUGCCCCCUACAGCAUCGCCGUUGGUCGCUGUGUCAGGGCACCAGCUGGCUUACACCUCGGAUUGAUGGUAGGGGGAGCCCAGUCAUACUGUGUGCAGACCAUGUGCCAGACUGGUGACGCGGACCAGAGUCGUGCAGCACACAAGGGCGGGGGCAAGAAAGGCGGCUGGAGUGGCGGUGGUGGCGGCUCUGGCGGCUAUCGGCAAAACCGUGAUGGAUGGGACCAUGCACGCAGCGGCUGGGGUGGCCCUGCACCUUUUCGCGGCUCAGUCCCUCCCCCCGGUGCUGCCAACAUGACGCCUCCUACUGCUCAAGCGGCUCAUGCGGCUCAAGCGGCUCAAGCGGCUCCUGCUGCAGCAGCCCCACCCACGGCCACACAAGCAGCCCCGCAAGCAGCCCCGCAAGCAGCCUUUGCUCAACAAGCUCCACCUCCUGCGGCACAGGCAGACUCUGCUCAACAAGCUCCACCUACUGCGGCUCCCAAGGCUUCAGCGGCACCAGCGGCUCAGCAGGAGUAUUGGGGCAACAAUUGGUGGGAGGAUGGCAGUCAGUGGUGGGACGAUCGUCACCAGUACCAGGAUGGUGGUGCGCCUCUUCCCAAGCUGCAGCUGCUCCAGCGCAAGCGUGCGCGGAUCGAAGGUUUGGCCCUUCCCAAGCUGCAGCUGCUCCAGCGCAAGCGUGUGCGGAUUGAAGGCAUGGCGCCGCUUCCUGUGGAUCCUGCUGCUGCUGUCAAGCUGUGGUUGAAGGCCGCAGACUCUGAGCAAACGAGCGAGAAAUGGAGCCGUGUCCAGCGAGCUGCCUGCAAAGUUCCUUGGCUUCGUUCUUUGACUGAGUGUGGGGGGUUGCCAGCUGCUUGUUGCACAGAGGCUGCCCAGAGAUGCAUUGAGGGAAAGGAUGGCAACUUGUUGCCGUUGGUGGAGUUUCUGUUCAGAGGUUUCGAUCAUGCUGAGCUGCCAGUAGCAGCCUUGGCUGCCUAUAUGACUUAUCGAGCCGGGUGUCGAAUUCCACCAUUGGAGAAGGACCCUGGCAACUUGAUGCUCCAGAUUUUACACACUGAGAACCCUUUCCUCCGAAUGCAAGCAGCUCCCUUCAGUUUUCUGGACAGCUGUAGAGGGAGCUUUUUGCAUUCAGUGACGAAGCACCGAGGUGACAAGGUGACAGGCUAUUUGAUGGAUAUCUUGAAGAUGCCAUACAUGCAACGCCUUGAGAGUCGUGAGCAAUUGGGUAUCGUGAUUCUGACUGCAUACCUUCGAUCCCCUGGCUUUGCUGAGUUUGUGCUUGAAGCCAGUUCGCAGCCGCGAUUUGCUUUGCUUGCAGUUGUCCACAAUUUCUUUCGAGACACACAAGGGGUCGGGCAGCGAAAGGCUUACAUGCCAACCCGGGUUAUCUCCAAGCAUGGCACUAAGCUGCGGCCAAAUCGUGAUUUGGGAAAGUUGCGCCUUGCAGGGGCAUUGAGCUUGUGUGGCCAAUUUCUGGAUGGCUCGCUAGAUGCCAUUUUCGUGAAUGACAGCAAGAAGUCAUGGCUUGUGGAUCCGGAUUUGCUCCCCGUCAUGAGCAUGUUUCAUUGGGCCUUGCUUUUAGUUGCCAAUGUUGGGGCUGCGAUGUUGUAA